CUUUCACUUUCUUUAUCCAAUAUUGAAGAAAACUUGUUUCCUUUACAUCCUCUUGUUCUUAAAACUUUUAUCCUUCCCUCUCCCUAUUGUAUGGUCUACCAUUCCACAUUCUGGAAAGAAACCCAACUCCUCAAAUUUUCAGCUGCCCCCUCUACUGCCUUUGGUGCCCAAUUUUGCAGCCCAAGAGCUAAUCAUUUGGCUUCCAAUUAGACUUAAAAUAGAACAGCUUCCGCAUUUCAUCAUUGAUGUUUGCUUAUUGAACCUGUUUGGCAGGUGGGAAAGGAAGAGCACUGAAUAGAAGCAUGGCUGGAAAUUUUAGAAAAUGUAUGAUGUUAUGUUGUUCAAGAAAGGUCUCGCAGAAGGAAGAAGACGACAUGGCAAACGACUCGUACGAGGAAGCCAUUGCAGGACUGUCCAAGCUUCUCAGUGAGAAAGCUAACCUCGGGAGCGUCGCCGCCGCAAAAAUCAAGCAGAUAACGGCCGAGUUAGAGGCGGCCAGUACGGCAGCGUUUAGCCCGGAGGAGAGGAUGAAAACCGGGUUCAUCCACUUCAAGACAGAGAAAUAUGAGAAAGAUCCCAACCUGUACGGUGCACUAGCCAAAGGCCAGAGCCCCAAGUUUAUGGUAUUUGCUUGCUCAGAUUCUCGAGUUUGCCCUUCUCAUAUCCUCAAUUUCCAACCAGGAGAGGCCUUUGUGGUCCGCAACAUUGCCAACAUGGUCCCUCCAUAUGAAAAGACGAUGUACUCAGGAGUGGGGGCUGCCAUUGAAUAUGCAGUGCUGCAUCUAAAGGUGGAGAAUAUUGUGGUUAUUGGCCACAGCUGCUGUGGUGGUAUAAAGGGGCUCAUGUCUAUCCCAGAUGAUGGAACCACUGCUAGUGAAUUUAUAGAAAAUUGGGUUCAAAUCUGUUCGAUCGCAAAGACCAAGGUUAAGACAGACUACAGCAGCUUAAGUUUUGAAGAACAAUGCCUCAACUGCGAGAAGGCAACUGUGAAUGUAUCACUGGAAAACCUGUUGACAUAUCCAUUCGUGAGAGAGGGACUGCUGAAGAAAACUCUGGCACUGAAAGGUGCACACUAUGAUUUUGUCAAGGGAACUUUUGAGCUCUGGAAUCUUGAUUUUAAGGUUACGCCCGCUGUAGCUUUAUGAGUUAUUCCUGCAACCUCAUGACCCUUCUUCAAUAUCAAAUAUAUAAGAGUGUUUCUCUCUUGCAGUGAAUUCUGUAAAUCUCCUAAUCAAUAAUAGUUUGAUAAAAUGAAACUGUGCCUGCCUUGUAAUUUAAUUUGAGUUCAUUUUUCCCUUCAAAGUCUGGUUUGUAAUUUUUUUGUGAUCUUGCAAUGUUGGACUUUGUAUACACACUACAGAAUAAUAUCGUCAAUCUCUUCCAAAUA